AUGCAGAUCUUCGUGAAGACCCUCACCGGCAAGACCAUCACCCUGGAGGUUGAGUCCUCCGACACCAUCGACAACGUAAAGGCCAAGAUCCAGGACAAGGAGGGCAUUCCCCCGGACCAGCAGAGGCUGAUCUUCGCCGGCAAGCAGCUGGAGGACGGCCGUACCCUCGCCGAUUACAACAUCCAGAAGGAGUCCACCCUUCACCUUGUUCUCCGUCUCCGUGGUGGGAUGCAGAUCUUCGUGAAGACCCUCACCGGCAAGACCAUCACCCUGGAGGUUGAGUCCUCCGACACCAUCGACAACGUAAAGGCCAAGAUCCAGGACAAGGAGGGCAUUCCCCCGGACCAGCAGAGGCUGAUCUUCGCCGGCAAGCAGCUGGAGGACGGCCGUACCCUCGCCGAUUACAACAUCCAGAAGGAGUCCACCCUUCACCUUGUCCUCCGUCUCCGUGGUGGGAUGCAGAUCUUCGUGAAGACCCUCACCGGCAAGACCAUCACCCUGGAGGUUGAGUCCUCCGACACCAUCGACAACGUAAAGGCCAAGAUCCAGGACAAGGAGGGCAUUCCCCCGGACCAGCAGAGGCUGAUCUUCGCCGGCAAGCAGCUGGAGGACGGCCGUACCCUCGCCGAUUACAACAUCCAGAAGGAGUCCACCCUUCACCUUGUCCUCCGUCUCCGUGGUGGGAUGCAGAUCUUCGUGAAGACUCUCACCGGCAAGACCAUCACCCUGGAGGUUGAGUCCUCCGACACCAUAGACAACGUAAAGGCCAAGAUCCAGGACAAGGAGGGCAUUCCCCCGGACCAGCAGAGGCUGAUCUUCGCCGGCAAGCAGCUGGAGGACGGCCGUACCCUCGCCGAUUACAACAUCCAGAAGGAGUCCACCCUUCACCUUGUUCUCCGUCUCCGUGGUGGGAUGCAGAUCUUCGUGAAGACCCUCACCGGCAAGACCAUCACCCUGGAGGUUGAGUCCUCCGACACCAUCGACAACGUAAAGGCCAAGAUCCAGGACAAGGAGGGCAUUCCCCCGGACCAGCAGAGGCUGAUCUUCGCCGGCAAGCAGCUGGAGGACGGCCGUACCCUCGCCGAUUACAACAUCCAGAAGGAGUCCACCCUUCACCUUGUCCUCCGUCUCCGUGGUGGGAUGCAGAUCUUCGUGAAGACCCUCACCGGCAAGACCAUCACCCUGGAGGUUGAGUCCUCCGACACCAUCGACAACGUAAAGGCCAAGAUCCAGGACAAGGAGGGCAUUCCCCCGGACCAGCAGAGGCUUAUCUUCGCCGGCAAGCAGCUGGAGGACGGUCGUACGCUCGCCGAUUACAACAUCCAGAAGGAGUCGACUCUCCAUCUCGUCCUCCGUCUCCGUGGUGGGAUGCAGAUCUUCGUGAAGACCCUCACCGGCAAGACCAUCACCCUGGAGGUUGAGUCCUCCGACACCAUCGACAACGUAAAGGCCAAGAUCCAGGACAAGGAGGGCAUUCCCCCGGACCAGCAGAGGCUGAUCUUCGCCGGCAAGCAGCUGGAGGACGGUCGUACGCUCGCCGAUUACAACAUCCAGAAGGAGUCGACUCUCCAUCUCGUCCUCCGUCUCCGUGGUGGGUGCUAA